UACGGUCACAUCGCUAGCGGUCACUAUGGCAAAUCGAUGUAAUUCUAUUUUGGUUGUUCGAACUUUUGUUUUGCUGUCUCUAUUUGGAUAUCCAGGCGGGUAUAGCUCUAAGGAUCUUCGAACAUCCGAUUUCGGUGGCACUAUGGCAGCAUCUAAAUCCGCGCAACUCUUCGCGUGCAACUUCGAGGUGUUUGGACGUGUGCAAGGAGUGUUCUUCCGCAAGUUCACGGCACAAACGGCCAAUACGCUGGGCAUCAAGGGCUGGUGCAUGAACACUAAGGAUGGAACUGUCAAGGGACAACUGGAGGGACCUCUGCAGCAGCUGAACGAAAUGAAACAUUGGCUCCAGACCAAGGGCAGUCCCCAGUCCAGCAUCACAAAGGCAGAGUUCUCGCCGGCAAAGGAGAUCGAUGCCUACACGUUCAGUAGCUUCGAAAUAAGGCGUUAACAUAAAUCCUGCGAAGGAACUCCACUCGAGGCUCAAUAUAUUUUUUUAGUUCAGUUAUUAGAGAAUUCCUCUUUGGGCGUGCAUAGAUUGCACAAAGUGUUAUUCAGAUCCAACUCUGUAAAUUGCUUCCAUAAAACACAUUCUUAUAAUUUAGCCAUAAAAUCCCAAAACAAAAACAAAUAUAUCGAAACACCUA